CCCCAACCCUUUCUGUCUUUCUUUGAAUCUGUAGCCCUCUUCUCCACCUCGAAAAAUUAUUCUGUGCGGAGUCCCCAUCCUCCAUUUUCAUUCUUAUAACCCUAAAUCCUUCCUUUUUCAUUCUGAUAGCUGGAAUCUCUUCAUCGGAUCUCUUACCUUGCUCCUCACCAUCUCCCUUACCCUACCAACAGGUUGCAACGGUGGCGUGGAAGGCGCGACUGGAAUGACAGAUGGAGGAAACAAACUCUCCAGUGCCCGGAAACAAUAAGCCAGAGGAAUCUACGGCAACCGGCAAUUCUGGCGGAAAAACAACCCCGCAAUGCUCUGUGAUCAUCGUGUACAAAGCUAAGAUCGGUAACAAGCUCCGCAGGGUAACGGUAGUGUGGAACAAGACUCUCAUCAACCACUCCCUCUCCAUCUCCGUCGACGGUUCCGGCGGAAGUUGCGAUCCACCCUCCACCUGCAGAGUCGAUCUCAAGCCAUGGCCCUUCUGGAGCAAGAAGGGUUUCAAAUCCGUCGACGUUGGCGAUCACCGAGUCGACCUUUUCUGGAACCUUCGCCACGCCAAAUUCUCCGGUGGAGGUAGCCCGGAACCCACCGGAAGCUACUACGUCGCUCUCGUCAGCGGCGAGGAGGUCGUCCUCCUUCUCGGCGACUUGAAGAAGAAAGCCUAUAAACGGACCAAGGCGCGGCCGUCGCUCGACGACGCGAAAAUGGUUUUGAAGAAGGAAAAUGUGUUUGGGAAAAGGUCUUUCUCGACGAAGGCGAGGUUUGAUGAGAGGAAAAGAGAGCAUGAAAUUGUGGUGGAGAAUUCGAUAUCAGGGGUGAAUGGGAAGGAGGAUGCGGAAAUGUGGAUCAGAAUUGAUGGGAUUGUAAUGAUGCAUGUGAGUAAUUUGCAGUGGAAGUUCAGGGGAAAUGAAACGGUGAUGGUGGAGGGUUCGCCGGUUCAGGUUUUCUGGGAUGUUCAUGAUUGGUUUUUUGGGGGGCCGGGGAUGGGGCAAGCGUUGUUUAUAUUUAAGCCUGGGGCGGCGGCUGCAACGGCGAUGGCGACGGCACUGGCGGAGAUGGCCUUGAUGGAGGAGGAGGAGGAGAAUGAGGAGAGGAGCGAGAGCGAUUUGAGUUGGUCGAGUGAGAACGAGGGAAAGCAGCAGGUGGUUGCAGAGCAGAAUGAGUGCGGCGAUGGGUCGUCGGAGUUUUGCUUUAUGCUCUGUGCGUGGAGAGUGGAGAAAUGAAAAGGAACUAUGUAAGAUAAUUUGAUAUAUAUUUUAUAUUAGUAUGAGAUUAUUUUGAUAGAAA